AUGAGCAGACCAAAAACAAUCGAUUCAUUCUUUAAGAAAAAAUGUGCGAGUCAUUCAGAGGUUAAUAGUGAUACACCUUUAAAUAGACCGUUAGCAACGGAUCUUAAUGCUUCAGUGAUUGAUGAACGGCCUUCCAAAUGUCCAAGAAUCCUUCCUGAAGAAAUUGAUGCCACCUCUCUGCAACGUGAUCCAGGAAAACGUCCACAAAUAUGGGAAUUUCCUGUAAACUUACAAGAUGAAAUGCGACGUGCUUAUCUUAGAGCUGGCCCAUGUCAACCUAUUCUUAAACCUACAGAAUAUCCAGUUUCAGGACCGGAGAAUCAUCGUCGUCGAUUUCAAGCUUCUUGGUUUCAGACAUACUCAACUUGGUUGGAAUAUUCGGAAUCAAAGGAUGCUAUCUUUUGUCAUCCAUGUUACAUUUUUGCUAAGAAAUCAACAGGCCGUCUAGGAUCAGAUGCAUUUACAGUGAAAGGUUUUAAGAAUUGGAAAAAGGUGAAUGAUGGAAUGAAUUGUCCUUUAAUGGGGCAUGUGGGGACAGAUCCCAAUUCACCACAUAAAAUUGCUGUGAAAUGUUGUGAAGAUCUGAAGAAUUAUUCACGGCAUAUUGGCAAGUUAAUUGAAAAACAGUCAUCACAAGAAAUAGAGAAUAAUCGAUUGCGGCUCAAAACCUCAAUAGAUAGUGUUCGAAGGCUAGCAUUUCAAGCAUGUGCAUUCAGAGGUCAUGAUGAAAGCUCCGACUCAAAAAAUCAAGGUAACUUCAUUAAAUUGAUAAAGUUUUUAGCAACUUUUAAUGAUAAAGUUGAUGGAGUUGUGUUGACAAAUGCUCCACGGAAUGCCAAAUAUACAUCACCCCAAAUUCAAAAAGAAAUUUUGCAUAUCUUUGCAACUAAAGUACGAGAUGUGAUUCGUAAAGAAAUUGGGGAUGCUAAAUUUUGCAUUCUUGUUGAUGAAGCUCGGGAUGAGUCAAAAAGGGAGCAAAUGGCAAUCAUUUUGAGAUUUGUUGAUAAAGAUAGUUUUAUUCGAGAGAGAUUCUUUCAUAUUGUCCAUGUCAAAGAUACUACUGCAUUAACUUUAAAAAAGAAGAUAUGUGAUUUCCUUUCUUGUAACGACCUCAAAAUUCAGAAUAUUCGAGGUCAGGGAUAUGAUGGAGGUAGUAAUAUGCGUGGAGAAUGGAAUGGGCUACAAGCUUUAUUUCUUAGAGAAUGUCCAUAUGCAUAUUAUGUGCAUUGCUUUGCUCAUAAGCUACAAUUAGCUUUGGUUGCAGCAUCUAGAUAA